AUGCCUCCAGCUCAAUACCCUCACCUCCCUCAGGAUGGCACCUUGGUGCAUGUCAAGAGUCGUGCUCGAUUUGCCCUGGAUGCAGACGACUGGAAGUGGUUCAACAAGAGGGUGCCGACCGAGUUGCGGCGACUAGCUGAGGAGGAGGGCUACCAGCUUGUGAUCUUCUCGAACCAAGGAGGCAUCCGGAGUGCCCUCACAGGGGCCGGGGCAGUAAAGACCCGGGGCCGAGUGGACAAUGUCCUUGCCGCCCUGACUGGAAAGGACGGCCCCCUCCAUGCUCAGGUCUUCAUGUCCACACUCCCUGACGAUCUGAGGAAGCCCGGCACCGGCAUGUGGGACUUCUUCACAGAGCACUGCAAUGCCGGUGUUAAACCAGACUUGUCACAGUCGUUCUAUGUCGGCGACAUGGCUGGGCGCGUGGGUGACAUCCAGGGGACAAACAACCCCACCCCCUCUGACACUGACAAGGGCUUUGCGGAGGCCAUUGGCAUAGCCUUCAAGACACCAGAAGAAGUGUUCGGGGAGGGUGAGGCGAAGAAGGAGGUGGUGUUUGAGGGCUCUUCAGGCAAGAACGACGACCUGGCGGAUGCCUUCCAGACCCUGACCGAUCACUUUCGGAGAUUGGGCGAUGGCUUCAAGGCCAACGCCUUUGCAAAGGUCCAAAAGGUCUUGGCGGGCUGGCCCACCAAGAUCACAUCCUCCAAGGACCUCAAGGGCGUGGCUGGGAUCGACGAGUUUCUGGAGACAGGGAAGUUUGCGGUUCUAGAAGAACAGGGCGGUGAAGCAGCCCAGCUCCCAUCCAAGGCCGCUGCGGAUGCUGCACCGUUCCUGAAUAUUUAG